AUGUAUCGCAAAGAUGGAUGGUACUACCUCUUGGCCGCAGAAGGCAAGAUUUUCCUAUGUCAGCGUGAAAUAGUAUCAAGACAGCUAACGGACCGGACAGGCGGCACUGGGCUCGGCCACAUGGUCACGAUAGCUCGGUCUAAACAUAUUGACGGCCCCUACGAAUCGAACCCAGCAAACCCGAUUCUUACAAAUGCAAACACAACCGAGUACUUCCAGACGGUUGGACAUGCCGACCUGUUUCAAGAUGCUUCCGGCAACUGGUGGAGUGUUGCGCUCGCCACAAGAUCUGGGCCGGAGUGGAUCCAUUUCCCAAUGGUGCGUGAAACAGUGUUGACUGCUGCCACGUGGGAGGAAGGGGAGUGGCCGUACUUGACCACUAUUGCAGGCAAAAUGAACGGUUGGAAGAUGCCUUCGUAUAACCUGGAAGUCGAAGGGCCUGGCCCCUGGGUCUCUCUAGGAGAGGUCCAAGGUGACGAUAUCAAAUUCGCCCCGAACUCGACAAUUCCGGCUCACCUCACGCACUGGCGCUAUCCAAUUGAGAACUCAUAUGCGAUUUCACCCCCUGGACACCCUAACACACUCCGUCUGGCACCGUCGAAACUUAACCUCACAGCCCUCAACGGCAAUUAUGCUGGUCCAGAGGGCCAGACCUUUGUUGGGAGACGGCAGCAGGAUACACUUUUUACCUACAGCGUAGACAUAGACUUCACGCCAACGGUGGCGGAGGAGGAGGCAGGUGUAUCGGUUUUUCUCACGCAGAACCACCAUUUUGACUUGGGGGUGGUUUUGUUACCGGCGAAAACAAGCACACAAGCAUUUCCCGGACGGAACUUGACGGUGAUAGAGGAUCCAGAUGGUUUGAAGCUUCACUUCAGGUUCCGAGGCGAAUCGUAUGUUCCUGUACCCGCUAACAUCGUAGCACCCGUCCCGGAGGAGUGGGUUGGGAAGCCCCUCCAUCUAGAGAUCAAGGGGCUAAACGUGACCCAUUACUCUUUUUCUGCUGGUCCAACCGGAGCAGCUUCGCGCAUUCAGACUCUGGUAUAUGUUUCUAACGACGCUCUGAGCUGGGGAUUCACUGGUGAGUGUGCACUUAGCCUUGAGCCAAGUGUGAGUUGA